CAAAAACCUCGUAACCUGUUCAGGAAGCGUGAUGCUGUAAAUGUCGCUCAGACUCGAAUCUUUAACAUUUACAUUUUUGUUCUGGUUGAAACCAGAAGCAGGUCGGAACUAGAUGUUGAUCCAGAUGUUUUCUCCUCCAGGGAGAAAGAGCUGGAGGCCAAAUGCAUCAUCAGGAUGGAGGGAAGCAAGACCAGCAUCACCAACCUGAAGGUCCCAGAGGGCGUGGUCGGCGACUCGAUGAGGGAACGGAUCAGAACCUUCACCUACGACUUCUCCUAUGACUCGACAGACGGACGGAGCCGGGCCUUCGUCUCUCAGGAAACGGUGUUCAGGGACCUGGGCUCCGACGUGCUGAAGGCGGCCUUCGAGGGAUACAACGCCUGCGUGUUCGCCUACGGACAGACCGGAUCCGGGAAGUCCUACACCAUGAUGGGCGUCCCAGGCGACGCCGGUCUGAUCCCCAGGAUCUGUGAGGGGCUGUUCAGUCGGAUCGCUGACGCGUCGCGGCGAGACGAAGCUUCGUUCCGCACCGAGGUCAGCUACCUGGAGAUCUACAACGAGCGAGUCAGAGACCUGCUGAGGAGGAAGUCCAGCCACACCUACAACCUGCGGGUCCGAGAGCAUCCCAAGGACGGGCCGUACGUGGAAGACCUGUCCAAACACCUGGUGCAGAACUACAGCGACGUGGAGGAGCUGAUGGAGGCGGGGAACAUCAACCGCACCACCGCCAGCACCGGCAUGAACGACGUCAGCAGCCGCUCCCACGCCAUCUUCACCAUCAAUUUCACGCAGGCCAAGUUUGACGCAGAGAUGCCGAGCGAGACGGUGAGUAAGAUCCACCUGGUGGACCUGGCCGGCAGCGAGCGCGCCGACGCCACCGGCGCCUCCGGCGUCCGGCUGAAGGAGGGCGGGAACAUCAACAAGUCGCUGGUCACGCUGGGAAACGUCAUCUCUGCUCUGGCUGACAUGGCGCCGGACGGCGGGAACGCCAACCAGAAGAAGAAGACGGUGUUCGUCCCCUACAGAGACUCGGUGCUGACCUGGCUGCUGAAGGACAGCCUGGGUGGGAACGCCAAGACCAUCAUGAUCGCAAUCUUCGCAGCCAUCUCCCCCGCCGACGUGAACUACGGCGAGACGCUCAGCACUCUGCGCUACGCCAACCGAGCCAAGAACAUCAUCAACAAACCCACCGUCAACGAGGACUCCAACGUCCGACUGAUCAGGGAGCUGCGGGCGGAGAUCGCCCGGCUCAAGGCGCUGCUGCUGCAGGGGAACCAGAUCGCUCUGCUGGACUCGCCCACGGCUCUGAGCAUGGAGGAGAAGCUGCACCAGAACGAGGCCCGGGUUCUGGAGCUGACCAAGGAGUGGACCAACAAAUGGAACGAGACGCAGAACAUCCUGAAGGAGGAGACGCUGGCUCUGAGGAAGGAGGGCAUCGGCGUGGUUCUGGACUCGGAGCUGCCUCACCUCAUCGGCAUCGACGACGACCUGCUCAGCACCGGCAUCAUCCUCUACCACCUGAAGGAGGGACGGACGUACGUGGGCCGGGAGGACGCGUCCAGCGAACAGGACAUCAUUCUGCACGGCCUGGACCUGGAGAGCGAGCACUGUGUGUUUGAGAACCAGAACGGGACGGUUACCCUGGUGCCGCUCGGUGGGGCUCGGUGUUCGGUCAACGGGGUUCUGGUGGCGGCGCCGGUGCAGCUCAACCAGGGAGCCGUUAUUCUGCUGGGUCGGACCAACAUGUUUCGCUUCAACCAUCCGAAGGAAGCGGCCAAGCUCAGGGAGAAAAGGAAGAGCGGCCUCCUGUCCUCGUUCAGCCUGUCCAUGACAGACCUGUCCAAGUCCUGUGAGAACCUGUCCACCGUGAUGCUCUACAACCCGGGUCUCUUCACUCAGAAGGGCCCCGUCUUCCUCAGGCUGGAGUUCGAGAGGCAGCAGAGAGAAGAGCUGGAGAAGCUGGAGAUGAAGAGGAGGCUGAUCAAGGAGAUGGAGGAGAAGCAGCUGAGUGAGAAGGCGGAACUGGAGCGCCUCCAGCAGGAGGUGGAGAGUCAGCGCAAGGAGUCACAGGAGGUGCAGCAGCGCAUCCUGCGGCAGGAGGAGAGCCUGCGCCGCCGCAGCCAGGACAUCGAGAGCCGCCUGCGGGACUUCUUGGCCGAGAAGGAGCGCUUUGAGGAGGAGCGGCGCUCCGAGAUCCAGGAGGUGGCGCUGCAGCGCAGGAAGCUGGAGCAGCAGGAGGAGCUGGAGCAGCAGGAGGAGCAGGAGGAGCAGGAGGAGCAGGAGGUGGCGGAGCAGAUGGAGAUCUGCCGCGAGCUGCAGCGGCUGCAGAGGGAGCGCGAGGAUCAGCAGGCGCGCCUGGAGGCAGAGCGGCGGAGACUGGAGGAGCAGGAGCGGGAGCAGCUGAGUCUGGUCGCCCGGCUGGAGGAGCAGCUGCGGGAGGCGCAGGAGGCGGCAGCGGUGCUGCUGGCCAGAGAAGAUUCGCGGCGCCUGGAGGAGGAGCGGCGUGUGCUGGCGGAGAUCAGGGAGGCCCUGCUUCGCGCCAAGGAGGCCGCCGAGCGCACGGACGGCGAGGACGCCGCAAAGGAGGCGCGCUCCGUCCAGAAGCAGUACUUGGCCUUCAAGGAGGCACAGGUGGACGAGCUGCGGCGGCUGCAGGAGGUGCUGCAGCAGCAGAGGGAGCUGCUGCAGCAGGAGGUGACAGCAGAGAGGAGCACGCUGCAGCAGCUCACGCACAGUCUGAGGGAGCGCCAGCAGAGGGCGCUGGAGGAUGGCGGCGGCCAGGAGGAGACGCUGCUGCGUCAGGCACAGCACCGCCUGCACUUCAAGGAGCGGCAGCUGGCCAACAUGGCCGCCGGCGUGCUACCGGCGCUUGUGGAGGAGCAGCAGAGGGCGCAGGAGGUGCUGCGGCGCGGUGCGGCGCCGGCCGGCCUGGACAACACGCUGUUCCAGGUGGAGAAGGAGCUGGAGGAGACGCAGGACAAGCUGCACCUGCACUGGCACGGCGCGCAGCAGCUGCAGCAGCUGCAGGAGAGCUGCGAGUUCACGGCCAACGUGGCGCGGCAGGAGGAGAAGGUCCGGCGCAAGGAGAGGGAGAUCCUGGCCUGGAGGGAGGCGCAGCAGCGGGAGGCGCUGGAGCAGGCCGUGGCCCGGCUGGAGCGCCGCCACGCCGCCCUGAGGCCCGACCGGCGCCGCGCCCAGCCGGACUGCCACAGGGUGGAGCAGGAGAUCCAGGAGCUGCGGCGGCGCAUCAGCGAGAGUGAGAACCAGAACCGGGCCCAGUCGGUCGGUACCGAGGAGAAGAUGGGUCACAGCAGCUCUCCGGUCGGACACAGGCAGAGUCUGAACCCGCUGCUGCCGCUGUCCGAGGACAGGAUCAACGCCUACAUCGAGGAAGAAGUGCAGCGCCGGCUGAGGAAGAUGAACCUCCUGAACGGCGGCGGCGUGGAUCUGUCCGUGUCCUGCGACUCUCUCUGGGACGAGGAGGAAGUUAGCGACUGUAGCUCUGUUAGGCUAACAGACGAGGAAGAGGAAAAACUGCAGAACAUAAAUCCACGAAGACUGAAGUAUGAGAACGCCUGCUGGUCUAACCUCCUGGCUCCUCCGGGCUUUGAGGCAAACUCGCUCCCCGACGUCCAGAACGUGUUUGAAGAACCAAAGGCUGAACUCCUGGAGCCUCAGAGAGAAAAACGGCUGGAGUCCUCUGAUAAACUCCUCAUUGAAAAAGAUCUAGACAAGGAAAAAUGGUGGGAAGGAGAAGUAAACAUUCUUGCAAGGAAGGAGUUCCAAGCUGUAUGUGGACCUGAUUGUUGCUACAAAGCGACCAACCAACUGAGUGGAACCAACUACAUGACCAGUGAUGGUUAUUAUAUCCUCUCUGAUUAUGAGGAUCUGGAGAAAAUGUUGAACAAAACAUUUUAUUCCCACUCUGAGAAAACUGUCGAUCAGACGUUUGAAGACCCAGAACUUUCAAAGCUUCAGAUUAGCCCCAAACAAGAUUCACAAGAAGAGGUCAACGGUUCAAUGAAGCUGGAAGUAGAGGAUUUAUCGGCCCAUCUGUACCACCAAUUGGAGGAUCUCAAAAAUGUCAAGAACCAAGGCCAGAAUGUUCUCAUUCAUGCAGCACAGGAGUUUGAUCUUUUAAAACCGCAAAGAUCUGGCGAGGAGUUAAUCGAGUCUGAGCAAGUUUGGAAAGCCGACGCUAACGAAGAGAUGAAACAAGAAGUGGAGAAGCUCCUGGACUCUGAGAGCCGUGUUUCAGAGGAUAUCGACGUGCAAAAUCAGGUCGAAGAAGAGUUGGAACCUUCCGAUUCUCACGUCUCUGACGAUGAUUUCAUCAACUCAGGACAGGACUCGAAACAUCACGUCUACCAACCGAUGAAACAAGAGAUGUUGGAUAGCAAGAACAAUGCUUUAGACCAGCUUGAAAAUGUCAAGAAUGGAGCUGAUGAAACAGAGAGAGCAGAUAAGCCAGAACUGUUAAAGCUUCAAAGCUCUGGCAGCGAGUUUAACAUCUCUGAGCAAGAUCCAGCAGACGCCGCCAAUGGUACAGCUAAGAAGGAGGAGUCAGACAAUGGGAACAACUUCCUGGAGAACCUUGAAAAUGUCAAAAAUCAAAGGUUAAACCUGGAAGGCGAUGAAGAGUUGGAACAAGACAAAGAGGCAUCGGCAGAGCAGGAACUGACCAACAGGAGCUACAUUUGGGAUUAUGUUUCUAAAGUCAGGAGCCAAACGCUGCACCCGUGGACGACCAGAGAGUCUGAGCUGCUCAAGUGGCUGAGUUCUGGUCGAGACUAUAUCAGCUCCAAGCAAAACACGAGGUCAGUCAGUGAUGAAACAGAAGGAGACAGAGGUGAUGCUGCAGGAAGGGUGUCAACUGCAAGGAGCUUUGUCUGGAACUAUGUCACUAAAGUUAGGAACCAAACACUGAACCCAUGGAGACUGGAAGAACCUGAGCAACCAUCUGAUCUACCCAACUCUAGCAAAGAGUCCAUUAAGUCUGGUGGCAGCGAAAUGGCUCAAGAAAAAGAUGAAGCUCCAGAAAGGGUAUCCUCCACCCGGAAUAACGUUUGGGAUUAUGUUGCAAAGGUUAGGAAUCAGACCCUUCACCCCUGGAGGUCAGAUGGGCCUGAGAGUCAGGAUUUCCAUGCCAUCAGUGGUCUGAACGGACAAGAGGAAAAUGAAAAACCAGUGAACAUGACGACCAGUAAGUCGAACCUUUGGGACUAUGUUACAAAAGUCAAGAACCAAGCCUUGUACCCGUGGAGAGCAGAGGAAGCAGAACUUCCCAGCGGUCAACCAACAACGUCACAGAGCUCAGAAAAAGGUUCCAGCCAAGAUCCAAGUGAGACAAACAGGAGCCACGUUUUAGGAUACUUCACAGGAAAACUUUCAGAUGUUUUCAAAGAUGCAGAGAGACGAAUUCAGGGCACAAGAGAUUUAAUCCGAAAUGUGGGAGUCGACGAUAUGAAGUAUGCCGUCUCUCAAUACGUCACCAUGAGGUCCAGAGAUUUUCCACUGAUCCAGACACCAAAACAUCCCUCUGUUCUGGAAAACAAAGUCUCCUUGGUGGACCUGUCCAGUACUGCUCAAGGGUUUGGUUUGAAUGCCAUGUCAACGUGGCCGAAGGGCUCUGUGUCCUCGAUCAGAAAUGCCGGUCCAGAGGACUGCCGCCCGGAGGAGUUUUAUCAGAAUCUAAUUGAGUUGCCACCAGUUCUGGCACAGCUUCGUAGUCUCUCAUCCCAGCAGAUCAUUGACAGAACUGAAUCACUGUCUCCUCAAAGACCAGGUAGGAGGAUCCUGAGCAUCUUCUGGCUCAGAGCGGCCAGCUUUGACCAACCCAGUCCAGAACCAGCCUGCCUCCUUCUGUCAGAACUGGACCUGACGGUAGUUUCAGCUAGCCAGGUUGCAUCGGACACCCUCGGUCUCUUCCAUCACUUUGACCUUAUGGAGAUCCGGGAGGUCCAGAUCAGUUUGGCAGGGCAGCAUGUCCGCCUGAUCGGAUCCAGUGAGGACUUGGUUCUGGCGGUCUUCACUCACAACCAGGAGCUCACACAGGACUUCUGCAAGGCGGUGCUGAAGGCUCGCUGUCCGGAGACGUUCUCUGAGGUGAUGGAGAGUCACCCGCUGCUGUCGCAGGACCUCAUGGCUAUGUCUCUGGAUUGGACCUCCCGGGUUCCUGACAUCGUCUCAGACAUCGGUCUGAACCUCACUUCCAGGUUCAAGCGGGUCCUAGCGGACCUGCUCUACAUCGUCCAUGGGAACAUGGACGGCCCCAGCAAACCUUCCCUGGCGGACAUUCGUCCUCUGCUCUACAGCAGCGUCAGGGUGAUGAGCUGCGGCCGGCUGCACCAGGACUCUCUGUUCCAGUUUCUUCUGACCGACACCCACGUUGCUCUCCUGCGGGAGGACGGAGUGUUUCACCCGGCGCCGCGGGGCUCCAGCUGGGUUCCCGUCCAGCCGCAGUUCCAGGGACUGAAGCUGCGGCGGCGUUCAGACAUCCGGUGUCUGCUGGUCAGGAGGAACAAAGCCUGCUUCAACGUCGACGUCGUCUUCACAAAUCACAAUCAACAAACUCCGAAACGGAAGGCGGAGCCAAAGCGGCGCUCCGCCCACGUUCCCUCCUGCGGCGGUCGGAGUGAAUCCUGGAAGUUAAGUUUCGGCUGCUCUGCAGAAGCUCAGAUCCUCAUCAACCAUCUGUGCAUCUGAAGAUGGAGCCAGCAGAGCUCGUCUGCAGCACCGACUGAAACAUCAGACCUAAAACAAGAAAUUUUAAAUGUUUUAAACUUUUUAGUAACUUAUUGAAAUCACAAAGACUGAAUUUAAAUCUGCAAUAAAGAGAAUCUGCUGCUGACUGAAGAUGAAAGUUUGAUUACAAAGGGGGAAUGAUGAUGUCACUUCACAGUUUUUAUUAAUUCACAGCCAAAUACAUGAACGUUGAAUUUUGCACAGCGUGUUUGCAAUAGUUUUGAAACUAAAUAAAGAUUCCAUCCGUUUUAA